GGGAAGUGACGUCACAGCGCGAUGGCGGCGGCUCCUUUAGGCAGCUGAAAGGGGAUUUAGGCCCGGAAGAUCCGAGUCCAUCCGCGGCGGGGAGAGGGCAAGCGUUACCGGCAGGGGCCGGAGCAGCGGCGGCGGCGCUCGGACUGUCCCAUCCGCCCCGUAUUGAGGCGCUGGGAGUGGCGGGGCGGCGGGAAAGCGAUGGUGAAAUCGGGGCCGUGAGGGGGGCGGAGCCGGCAGCCGGACCCGCAGUAGCGGCAGCAGCGGCGCCGCCUCCCGGAGUUCAGACCCAGGAAGCGGCCGGGAGGGCAGGAGCGAAUCGGGCCGCUGCCGCCAUGGAGCUGAGAGUCGGGAACAGGUACCGGCUGGGCCGGAAGAUCGGCAGCGGCUCCUUCGGAGACAUCUAUCUCGGUACGGACAUUGCUGCAGGAGAAGAGGUUGCCAUCAAGCUUGAAUGUGUCAAAACCAAACACCCUCAGCUCCACAUUGAGAGCAAAAUCUACAAGAUGAUGCAGGGAGGAGUGGGCAUCCCCACCAUCAGAUGGUGCGGGGCAGAGGGGGACUACAACGUCAUGGUGAUGGAGCUGCUGGGGCCAAGCCUGGAGGACCUCUUCAACUUCUGCUCCAGGAAAUUCAGCCUCAAAACCGUCCUGCUGCUUGCUGACCAAAUGAUCAGUCGCAUCGAAUACAUUCAUUCAAAGAACUUCAUCCACCGGGAUGUGAAGCCAGACAACUUCCUCAUGGGCCUAGGGAAGAAGGGCAACCUGGUGUACAUCAUCGACUUCGGGCUGGCCAAGAAGUACCGGGACGCACGCACCCACCAGCACAUCCCCUAUCGUGAGAACAAGAACCUCACAGGGACGGCGCGGUACGCCUCCAUCAACACGCACCUUGGAAUUGAACAGUCCCGAAGAGAUGACUUGGAGUCUCUGGGCUACGUGCUAAUGUACUUCAACCUGGGCUCUCUCCCCUGGCAGGGGCUGAAGGCCGCCACCAAGAGACAGAAAUAUGAAAGGAUUAGCGAGAAGAAAAUGUCCACCCCCAUCGAAGUGUUGUGUAAAGGCUACCCUUCUGAAUUUGCCACAUACCUGAAUUUCUGCCGUUCCUUGCGUUUUGACGACAAGCCUGACUACUCGUACCUGAGGCAGCUUUUCCGGAAUCUGUUCCAUCGCCAGGGCUUCUCCUAUGACUACGUGUUCGACUGGAACAUGCUCAAAUUUGGUGCCAGCCGGGCCGCCGACGACGCCGAGCGGGAGCGCAGGGACCGAGAGGAGCGGCUGAGACACUCGCGGAACCCGGCUACCCGAGGCCUCCCUUCCACAGCCUCUGGCCGCCUGCGGGGGACGCAGGAAGUGGCUCCCCCCACACCCCUCACCCCUACCUCACACACAGCUAACACCUCCCCCCGGCCCGUCUCUGGCAUGGAGAGAGAGCGGAAAGUGAGUAUGCGGUUGCACCGCGGGGCCCCCGUCAACAUCUCCUCGUCCGACCUCACAGGCCGACAAGAUACCUCUCGCAUGUCCACCUCACAGGUAAGUGCAGAGCUCCUAGGCGGACGCUGGGCCUCAGGCUACCCCGUCCGAGCCAAGAGCAGGUUGUGGUUUCUCCAGGGCUUCUUUCCUUCUUUCCUUUCUUCCCCCCAUUUUUGAGAGUUUUUAAUCUCGCCAGGGUGUGGUGUCUUGGUUGCAGAUGAGGCUUCUCGGGAGGGCCAUCACGGGGCUUGUCUCCUGGUCGCAGGUGACCAGUCUCAGGUGCCCGAGGCCAGCAAGCCGUGGGGGCUUUCUCCUGCUGUUUGAGUGCCCCGCUGCCCACAGCCAUCCCCAGGCAGCUGACACCACUCGCCUGCUUGCGCCCCAUCGUGGGUGCCCCCGGCCUAAGGGAACCUUCCUCAUUCUUCCUUAUUCUUGCCACUGGCCAGGGAUGGAGGCCCGUAGGGACCUCCACGGGCUUCCUGUGAGACCCCCCCCAGUGGCAUGCCCUGCGACGAGGCUUCCCUUCUUUUGACGGACUCGCCUGUCUUCCCUUGGACGAGAAGUACCCUGUUGCGCAGCCCAGGCCUGGCCACGGCCACCGCCUCUUCAGCAUCCUGCAGCGGCCUCUCCUCGCUCUGGCUUCUGUUGUCUUUUGCAUUUGCUAACGUGCUCUUUGAACCAGAACAGCUUUCUCCGUAUGGAUCCAUUGUAUUUCUUCAAAUAGUUUUCAGGGUUGUUUGCCAACAGGGGCAGGGUUAGUGGGGCAGGGCAGUGUUUCACCAGCAGGCAUCCUGGGGCGUGCCCAGAUCCCCCAUGGGUCUUCCGGAUGAGCAGGAACUCAGUUCAGAAACGCCCUGGAGCCUGGCUCUGGGCUUGUGGGGAGGUGUUUGUUGGGGUCACAGGAUGGAGCCAGGCCUGCUGCCGCGACUGGGUGUAGCUGGCUAGCCAGGAACAUGCCAGAGUGGGGAGCACUCUUGACCACUUGCCAUCUUUUAAUGAUUGGGGUUACUGCACGUUUCUAAUUCACUAAUAAUUUCACUAGAAACGGACCUUUCAAAGAGACCAAAGAUGCAAGGAUUUUGGCUUCGUGGUUAUUUUGACUUUGUGGUUAUAUGAAUUGGGCUCGAGGGGUCUGGGCUGUGUCACGAGAGUGGGUCCCUUACGUGCGCACAGCCCUGCUGUCACUUCCAGACCCAGAAAGGGUUUAACUGGCUUCUUUCCACGAGCCUGGCACUUGUGCAUCAGUUACCGUGAGCAGGUCCCAGGAGGGUCUGCCCAUGCCCUCGUGUCUGACACGCGGCUGGCCCUGUAGCCCCUGAACCAUGGUGCGGGAGCCAAGAGUGCUCCCUGUGCUGGGCGCUGACUGGACUUGGACGGCCUCGGCCCCGGCGCUUGGCCAACAAAGACUAGGGAAGGGGCCUGAGUGCUUCUUGUUUGUUUUAAAGAAAGUAAAGUGUCUAGUGGUUUGGGAUCUUUGUGGGCAGUGAAGGUGUCCUGAUCGGGCUGAGCAGCCACAGCCCUGAGUCCAGCUGCCUCUUCUUGGUACACGGCCCGGGCGGCACCUGGGUGUGGCCGUUGUAGCCACCAGCCCCCAAGGUGGCCGUGAGUAGUGUUUCCUUCCAUGGUGAGCUGUGGCAGGAACCCACAGCUGGCUCUUAGGCCCUCGUUUUCCAUAUGAGGAAAUACCAUAUGGGCUCUAACAGCAGGGAGGAGUCUCCAGAGAGAGCUGGUUUGGGGGUGUGUUCUCUCCAAAAGAAGCCUCUUGGCCUCUGCUCCUGGACACCCUGGGGGGCCUUCCUGAGAGGCAUGUUGAGGGCUCCCCACCUCCAGGGCGGGCCCCCUCCUUCAUCACCAUCUCACUGGAAGGCUUUGGCUAUGUCCCCUUCCUGCCAGACUCUGCCAGCACCAGCACACGUGGUGGCUGUGACCGGCAGCCCCCGUUUUGAAUCCCAAGGGGGAAUACAGGAGGCUCAAUUGCUCUGAGCGCCUCACCUGUUCGCUCAGGUGAGCUGGAGAGACAGUCACCGUGGGCAGUGACUCAUCCCCGGCCAGUCUUCCUCCUCAGGCCAUCGCUCUUCCCUAUUCUUUCUGCUCCUCUCAGGAGACCUUGCGCCCCGUGGAGAUGGGAGGAGGCAGCAGGAAGGUCUCUCAGGGCUUGCUGGCCAUGGCUGGGUGUGGAUGGGUGGAGGACCCCGUGGCAGCCUGUCUGUGGGUCACACAGGCCCACACAGUUGUAGGACCCUGCCCCGGCCUGGACUCUGCCUGGGUCUGUUCCCUUUUCACCCCCUCUUCUCGGCUGUUGGUGUUCGGCCAGGGCUCUUUGGCCACAGUAGCCUGGGCCCUAAAGGCCAUCUAGUUGCUGAGUCUGUGUGGGGUUUUUACUUUGUGAGAAGAAGGCUUCGUCAUUCCAACAGUCCAUGACUCGCUUUGAUCAACCCCUGCCCAGGACUAGGCCUGAGCCCUGUCGUCAUACCGGCAAGGAUGUGCGUCUCCCCUGCCUGCAGGCUGUGCCCUGGGACCCAGUUGUGGGGCUGCCCAGCACCUGCCAUCCUGCUGGGAGUCAGGUUUUCUUAGUGCUUGAGAAGACUCAGGAGGGCCUGUCCCGUGCCCUUGUUGGCCUUAAGAGCAAGUGAUACCAGAAGAGGAGUGGGCGCCACUCUCACCCAGAGGCUCGUCCUGAGAGGCAAGUGAGGCUAUGCUCCGUGCCUGGGCUCCCCCAGGCGGCACCUGUCGGUCUGUGGACCUGGCUGAGGCAAGGACACCCAUCUGGACAUGGAGCCGACACAGGUAGUCAGGGGGCCGGCGGGACGCUUACCAACAGCUGUCUUUUCCCCACCUCAGAAUAGCAUUCCUUUCGAACACCACGGCAAGUAGCUGCUCGUCUCCCAUCGGAAGGCAGCACUGGGUGAGUGUGUGCGUGGCGGGCGCCAGGCAGCAGCGCCAGGUGGGUGGGAGCCACCAUGCCCCGCCCAUGGGAGCUUGCAGGUGGGCUGGGCUUGCAUGCCAGGUGCUGGAGGUAGAGUGAGGCUUCUUCUGCUCUGUUCUUGUGGGGUGCAGAGUGGCGGCAGUCCGCUGCCCAGUCUUGGGGGGAGGCUGUCCACAGAGAGCUUUGGAACAGAGUGACCCCAGGAGACCAUCCUGUUGGCCUGUGGCCUCCCCGUGACUGCGUUCCGUGUGCUGUUGCUCCCCUCCUGUCCUGGGUGCCCACCCGUGAGGCAGGAGCGGCAAGGCGGGUGCCCCGAGCACUUGAGUUGCCUUAUCUGGGGUCGGCCGUGCCUGGAGGGGCGUCUGUGUCCUGCUCAGCUGAGUGGCUCCACGCUUGGUGUUGGGGGCUCCUAAGCUCUUGCUGCGCCACACUCCUGGCGGUCUCUGCCAUGCCGGCUUUUCUAGUCGCCUCUCUCUUCCUGUCUCAUUUAUCUCUGUCCUUGUUUUGUGUUUCUUUUCACACUUGGUCUCUGCCCAGCCGUCUUGUCCACACAGCUUCGUCUGUAUUAACUCCUCCAGCUGCAGCCCACUCACUCCCUGCCGUCGGUGCAUGGCCGGCGUCCACGCUGUGCUCCCUCCUCGGCGGCCACGUGCGCUCGGCAGCUCCAUCCAGCAGGGGCUUGCGCUUCUGUUGGGUCUGUGCGCUGGGAGACCCGCUGCAGUUUUCACACUGUGCACACUCUGGAAAUGUGUUGACAGGAACUGCUUUUCACGUCUUCCCCGAGAGGGGUACCCAUUUUCAAACACCAGGUUCCUUUCCAGGAAGGGAGGCAGGAGCACCUGUCUCCGCUCCACUUGGAUCCUCCGACCCUGCUGAGCCCGGCUCCGCGGGCACCUUGCUUGCAUGCCUCUUCCUCCUUGCCGUCUUCCUGUCACUCGUUCUGCUGAGCACGUGUCCCGGCCACAGAGGCCCCUGUGCGUGGCGAGGGACGCAGGCGUCUAGACUGGGGCUAGGCGGUGGCGGUGCGUCCCCUCCCUGCCCAGCACCGUCACUGUGGUAUCUGCCUGGCUGGCUCCCCCAGCCCCAUGCUGACCUUCUCCUGUGGUUUGGCUCUGACAGAUUCCUGGUCGGGUGGCUUCCAGUGGUCUUCAGUCUGUCGUGCACCGAUGAGAACUCUCCUUAUUGCCGUGAAGGGCAGACAAUGCAUGGCUGAUCUACUCUGUUACCAAUGGCUUUACUAGUGACGCGUCCCCCGGUCUAGGAUCUGAAUGUUAACACCGGGAGCUCUCCAGGCCACUCACCCAGCGACGCUCAUGGGGGAAACAUACUAAACGGACAGACUCCAAGAGCUGCCACCGCUGGGGCUGCACUGCGGCCCCCCACGUGAACUCGGUUGUAACGGGGCUGGGAAGAAAAGCAGGGAGAGAGUUGCAGGAAUCAGACUCCCUUUCCAGGGCCUCAGCUCCCUCCAGUGGUGGCCGCCCUGUACUCCCUGACGAUUCCACUGUAACUACCAAUCUUCUACUUGGUUAAGACAGUUUUGUAUCAUUUUGCUAAAAAUUAUUGGCUUAAAUCUGUGUAAAGAAAAUUUGUCUUUUUAUUGUUUCUUGUCUGUUUUUGCGGUCUUACAAAAAAAUGUUGACUCUAAGGAAUUCUGAGACAGAUGCUGGCUUGGAGUUUGUGUACAAGGUGGAGUCAGGCAGGGAGAGGGUGCAGGCGGAUCUCAAGGUUGUGUGCUGUGUUUGUUUUGCAGUGUUUUAUUGUCCACUUUGGAGAGGAGAUUUCUCAUCAGAAGUCUGUGGUGUGUGUGCGUGCCCGUGUGUGGUGGGACCUCUUCAACCUGAUUUUGGCGUCUCACCCUCCCUCCCCCUGUAACUGACAUGCCUGCUGUCAGGAACUCUUGAGGCCCUCGGAGAGCAGUUAGGGACCGCAGGCUGCCGCGGGGCAGGGGUGCAGUGGGUGUUACCAGGCAGAGCACUGCGUGCUUCUUCCCCAGGAGGUGGGCAGGCAGCUGAGAACUUGGAAGCAGAGGCUUUGAGAUCCUAGCAGGACAAUUGGGAGUCCCAGGAUUCAAGGUGGAAGAUGCGUUUCUGGACCCUUGGGAGAGGAUUGUGAACCGAGAGGUGGUUACUAUAGUGUUUGUUGCCUUGCUGCCUUUGCACUCGGUCCAUUUUCUCAACACUCAGUACUCCUGUGCGGAUUGGCACUUGGUCUGUGUGAAUGCUGUGCUUAAAACCAGGAGCGGGGCUGUCCUUGCCAGGUGCCAAGACUAGCUCAGAAAAGCCGGCAGGCCAGAAGGACCCACGCUGAGGUGCCAAGGAGCAGGUGACUCUCCCCCCAGAACCUUCACGGCCAGGAAGUAGAGUCUGCGCUCUGUGACUUUGUUGGGUGCAUGUCUGUUGGUCAGAAGUGAAGCAGCGUGCGUUGGGCCGAGUCCCACCGGAAGGCAGGUGGCCUCCGUGAGCUGGUGCUGCCCGAGACUCCAUGCUGCUGUGCCCUGAGGUUCCCAAGAUGCCUUCUCGCCUCUCACUCCGCAGCACUUGGGCGGCAGCCAGUGGCCACGUGCUCCCAACCCCGAUGCGCAGUGCAGUCUGUGUUCGUGGGCACUUCGGCUGGACCCCAUCACGAUGGGCGAUGUUCCCUUUGGACUCUAGGGCCCCGAAGGUGUGCACCCUGGUUCUUCCUUCUCCCCAGAGUUCCCGAGACGCCAUAGCUGGCUGGCGUCCCAGAACACAGUUGUUCACCCCGCAGCUGGCUGACCGUCUGCCCGAGCCUGUUGAUGCUUUCUGAAUCUAGGCUGGUUACUGUGUAAGCAUUUUGGAGUACGGGGCCUUGAGCAGGUGGGAGCUGUGUGUUGAAGUACAGAGGGAGGUCGGGGUGGGUCAGAGCCGAGUUAAGAGAUUUUCUUUGUUGCUGGACCCUUUCUUGAAGGCAGACGUCCCCCGCCCGGAGAGACAUUGAGGCUGUGGCCUGAAGUGACGCAAGCUUGCUUUGUAAAUACCCGUGGUCCCGAUGUAGUGCCCAGAACGUUUGUGCGAGGCAGCUCUGCACCCGGGUUCCAGCCCGAGCCUUGCCCGGUUGCAUCUUUGGAGUGUGCUUGUGACAGUCCUUGCCCAGUAUCUAGUCCCCGUCGCCCCGUGCAGGAAACGUAGGUAGGACGUCGUGUCAGCUGUGCACUGGCGGCCAGUCUCUGAGCUGUGCGUUUGUAUCGCCACUGUAUUUGUGUACUUUAACAAUUGUGUAAAUAAUAAAUUCACAAUGACUUCUACCUUU